AUGGCCGAUGGAUUUUGUCGCGGUCGAGCGAUUUGGUCGGCCAAAUUCGUUUUGGCCGAGAGAAUUUCGGCCGAGGCCGAGCGUUUGUUUCCCGGAUCGACCGGCACGGUCGGUCCGUUCCGAUACGAAAAUUUCGGCCGAUCGCGGCCUUUCUUUCCCGGUUCGCGCGUGGCGCUCGAACGUUUUCUGUCGCGCAAUAAAAUCCGGCCGAGCACGGCUAUUCCUUCCCGGCUCGACCGUGACGGUCGGCCAGAUGGAAUUGCUCGGCCAAAAUUUCUUUUGCGCGUCCGCGGCCAAUGUUUUGGCGCGGAUUGUGUUUUCACACCUUUUUCUCCUUCUAUCCUAUCUUAA